AUGAGUAAAUCUCACCUGGCCAUCGUUCAGAAAGUGAACAGCGAGGGGGAGGGGGAUCCCUUCUACGAGGUGCUGGGAUUGGUCACCUUGGAGGAUGUCAUCGAGGAGAUCAUCAAAUCAGAGAUCCUGGAUGAGUCCGACCUUUAUACUGACAAUAGGAACAGAAAGAAGGUGGACCCUAACAAGAGAAUGCGUGACUUCUCUGCCUUUAAGCACACAGAGAACGAGUGCAGGGUGAAGAUCUCUCCUCAACUGAUGCUGGCUGCUCAUCGCUUCCUGGCUACAGAGGUGAGUCUGUUCAGUCCCAGUCAGGUCACUGAGAAGGUAUUACUGAGGAUUCUGAGGCACCCUGACGUCAUCCAGGAGAUCAAGUUCAACGACAGCGACAAGCGCUCUGCUCUGCACUACAUCUACCAGAGAGGCAAACCUGUCGACUUCUUCAUACUCAUUCUGCAGGGUACCAUCACCGAGUUCAUGUACAAGGGUAUGAGACUGACGGGCGGCUCUGGCGGCUCCGGACUGACGGGCGGCUCUGACGGCUCCGGACUGGAGAGAGAACCUGGAGGGAGCAGACUGGAGCGACAUACAGGAGGCCUGGUGCGUGGAGGAGGUACCGGAUGGACCGGGCUGCUCAAUGCCCACUGCACCCUCCCUGCACCCCGGGGACACAGCACGCAGAGCCUGCGCAGGAUACCCUGGGCUGAAAUGGCGUACCGGAGACCAAAAACGCUGAGCCGGCACAAUACGCCCUGGCUGGAUGCCCACUCUCGUGUGGCACUUGCGGGGGGCUGGCCUAUAGCGCUCCGGGCUAUGAGCGCGUACUAG